AUGAACUGGAUCGGUCUAUCAAUAUUUGUCAAUCUUCUUAUUCUUUCCGUCAUAUCUUUUCAAUUAACAUCAUCGGCUAGUUUUCCUAAUCCACCUCAAAGACCACCAUCGAAUGCAUCACCAGAUGAACAGGCACUUUUCUGGAAAUUAUUACAUAAUUAUUAUGCUAUCAUAGCUCGACCUCGAUUUGGUAAACGAUUUAAUUCUGCUUCACCCUAUACCCAACAAUCGUCGUUUAUACCAAUAAUUGAUCAAGAUUCAAUAGAUUUAUUUCCUUCGGUAUAUGAUAUGGAUCACAUGUUAGCAAAAAACAACCCAAACGUUAACGAUCGACGAAUCAAUGUUGACAGUUUCUAUGCAUUCGGAUAUCCAGAUCAAAAACGACGACGACGACGGCGAUAA